CGUCCCGACAGCACGUUUUCCUCAGCAGACUUAUCUCCUACGCCAAAGUUAGUAGUUGCACUGCGGCCAGCCAGGUAGCUUGCGUAGCCUUCACCGCUUGAUUGCUGCGGCUCUUUCAAUCACUGGCGCGUCUCAUUUUAAGACCUGGAAUAGGCUACUUGUUUAAUAGCACCUAUUUACCUAUAGCCUAUAAAUGAUUUGAUUUGUUUUCCGGUUUUCUUAUUAUGUCAUGGUGGAACGCAUAAGCUAAGUCGUCAUAGGUUAAGGCUAUUUAGGGAUAGUUUUAGAGCAAGUUGGCUAUUGUUUUCAUCAGGAGUUAGCUUUCAAGCUAAAUUAAGAAGUCUGUUUUGAUGCCGGAUUUUGAGCAUUUCAGAUUUUCAUACUCAAGCAUGAAUCCAUUAUUGGGGGAGAACGCGUUCCUGGUUCAGCAACAGCAGCAUAACCAGAUGGGGAGCCAUUCUGAUUCUUCCAUGACAGGCCUAGACUCCUACGGUGCAGCUGACUCAGGCUUCAUCUUGGGCGACCACACUGGGUUUGGACAAGAUGGCAUAUCUGGCCUGGACUUAAAUUCGCUGCCACCUUCAGGACUCGCUUAUUUACACCAGAACAACAUGCACCGUGCACCGCCGCCCCCCGCAGCGAUGGACCUGCGUAACGACUUGGGUUCCAACAUCAGUGUUCUCAAGACCUUGAAUUUGCGCUUCCGUUGCUUUUUGGCUAAAGUUCAUGAACUGGAGCGUCGGAAUAAAGCUUUGGAGAAGCAGCUUCAACAGGCUUUGGAAAAUAAUGAGGACAAUUCAGAAGGACACGGGAAAAAGCCAUUGACUAAGGAAAUGGGAGUCCAGACUGGUUUCGUAGGGCCCAUCGCAGUUAGGCCCGGACAUAUCCCACUCCAGAACGUCAAUAACUCUGCAUACCUGCCCGGGGGUCUUCUCUCUCCAUCACUCAACAGGCCUACAACUCCCUCCUUUGAGUCCAACAGCAAAUCAGUAUUUAGGACCUCGACUCUGACUGACUCGACUUCCAACCUCAAUUCCAACCAACUCACUCCACAUAUUUCCCUCAGUCCUUUAUUAACCCCUACUGAUACUUCCAACAAUAUAUCCAACAUUAACGAGAAAUAUGUCAGUUCUGGGACUGGUAUGUCUACUAUCCCGCCUCCCCGUUUCCUUCCCGGCACCGUUUGGUCCUACAACCACGACCGCAGGUUUGGCGCGGGGCGGGAGUCGCGUGUAACAGACAUGGGUGUGCCUUGUGCCCAAACGGACGGAGUAGGUGUUCAAAUCGACACCAUCACCCCUGAAAUACGGGCCCUGUACAACGUGUUGGGAAAGGUGAAACGAGAGAGGGAUGAGUAUAAACGCAGAUGGGAGGAAGAGUACACAGUCAGAGUGGACCUCCAGGAGAAAGUGGCUGAGCUGGAGGAGGACCUCCAGGAGAGUGAGGUGUGUCAGGAUGAGCUGGCCCUCAGGGUGAAACAGCUGAAAGCUGAGCUGGUCCUCUUCAAAGGCCUUAUGAGCAACAACCUGUCGGAUCUGGACAGUAAGAUCCAGGAGAAGGCCAUGAAGGUGGACAUGGACAUCUGUAGACGCAUCGACAUCACAGCUCGCCUGUGUGACGUGGCCCAGCAGAGGAACUGUGAAGACAUGAUCCAGAUCUUCCAGCAGAUGGCCACACCUCCUUCCACUCUGACCCGCCGGCCCCGGAAACAGGCGGCCCAAUCGGUUAAAGGCGGCGACGGGGACGAACCAACCAGCAUCUCUGAGAGCGAGGCGGGCAAGGAUGAGGAGUCAUGUAGCACAUCAGCCAAUCAGAUCAACGAGGAAAUGCAGAGGAUGCUGAACCAGUUGAGGGAGUGUGAGUUCGAGGACGACUGUGACAGCCUGGCCUGGGAGGAGACUGAGGAGACUCUGCUGCUGUGGGAGGAUUUCCCAGGAUACACUCUGGGGGCAGUGGAGACACAGGGAGAGCAACAGCAGCAGCAGGAGGAGUCCAUAGAAAAGGUAAUACAGGACACAGAGUCUCUCUUCCAGACCAGAGAGAAGGAGUAUCAGGAAACCAUCGACCAGAUCGAGUUGGAGCUGGCCACGGCUAAGAGUGACAUGAACAGACACCUGCACGAGUACAUGGAGAUGUGUUCCAUGAAGCGAGGCCUGGACGUGCAGAUGGAGACGUGCAGGAGACUCAUCACCCAGAGUGGAGACAGGUAUCAGACACCUCCGCAUGGUGCUGAACACUCUAAACGCUCAAAAAGAUGCCCUAGGAAAUCUCCCCCUCUCGUUACUGCGGUAAUGGAAGACUCUGAUGACGGAGAGAAGGAGAGGAAUAAGGUGUCCCCACCCGCAGACUCUGAAAGUGAUGAACCCUACUGUGACACCAAGGUUAAUAGUGGUACCGUCCCUCACUUACCAUGGAGGAAGUCCUAACCCUUACUGAUGAUGCCCUGUAGAUGUACCAUAGUCUGGAUAGUGCUGUUGUUUACAUUUUUUUGCCAUAAAUGAUGUAAAACCAGUUUACAUUUUUUUGCCAUAAAUUAUGUAAAGCCAGCAGACUCUUUCCAGGGCCAUAAGUCACCACUGCCCUCUUGUGGUAGGACUAAAUGGCACUUAGAAUAAGGAAAUCAAUUGGAUUUCUUAACAUUGUGAUAUUUCUAUGAUAUGAACGAUCAAAAUAUAUACCUUUUUGUUAAGUUUGCCCAUUGAUCUUGCUAUAUGUAUCAAGAUCCAAUCGAAAACAAUUUGCACACAGUUUUUGUGGAACAAAUGCCUUAUGUUACAUUGCAUUUACAGACUUGAAACAUCAGCAGAAUUUUUGAAGGCAAACAAAAAAAUGCACCAUUAGCAAAAACAUUGCACAGGAUAAGUCAUUAUCUAGUACUGUCACAUUUGAACAAAAUUAACAUUUACAGUUUGCUAAAGGGAAAGGGUCUAGCUCUUGAUAGCAUCUAUGAAAAUCUAUUUUAUUUAUAGUUAAUAUCCUUCUCAUUCCAUUUUCCCUUUUUGAAAGUAUGGAUACAAUUUCUGAGAAACAUAUAGAAAGAUGAAUGGAUGUAAAGCCGUUUUAAUCAAUCUCACAACAUUCGUAUGUACACAUGUUAUUAACAGAGGUUCACAACAUUCGUUUGUUCACAUGUUAUUAACAGAGGUUCACAACAUUCGUAUGUACACAACAUGUAAUUAACAGAGAUUCAUAACAUUUGUAUGUACACACGUUAUUAACAGAGGUUCCCAACAUUCGUAUGUACACGUUAUUAACAGAGGUUCCCAACAUUUGUAUGUACACAACAUGUUAUUAACAGAGAGGUUCACAACUUUAUUGUUAUUUAUUUUGCUUGGUUACAUAUUCAUGCACUUUAUUUAUUUCAUCCCUUUUUCAUUCGUCAUUGAAAUUCAGAUAGCUACAGUAUUUUUUUUUUUAAAUAAAUAAAUAACUUAUUUUUAUUGCUAUUUAUUAAUUUAUUUUCUAUUACAAUUGCGACAAUGAAAGUAUGACAGUUGAUAUUUUUUUAGAUGAAAUGCCCAGCAUAAUAUUAUGUCGUUUUGCAAAGACAAUUCACAAAAGCCAUAGGUAUAAUUAUUCUCCAAAGUUUAGAGUUAAAAGAAAACCAUUGGGACCAUUAGCUUUGUACGGUCGUGCACAUUGCUGUAAUCCCAAACUAGAACCAAACACAGGAGCAUACUGCACGUAGACCCCUGGAUACUGUUGAUAUCACAACCCACAUAAACACGUCCUAUAAAAGCACUCACUCAAUGCAAGUGUAUACAUACCCAGCCAGCAGUGACCUGCAAUGGGGAAAAAAGCUCUCUGAUUAACCAACGGUGAAUCAGACUGCCGUUUUUGUGCGCUUUUUUUUUAAAUGUAGAGCCUAAGAGGUAUGAGUUUAAAUGCCUCUGACAAAGGGACAAGCACAGUAGAUAUUAAUUCUGUUCAGGACAAUAAAACACAGCUAGCAGGCGAAUAACUGCUUUAGGAGCUCGUUCAAGGUCACUCGGUGACAAGUUUUACGUAGCGCGAGACCUUCAUUAUCUGAGCACGGGUAGACCACCUAGUGUGUUAAAACCCCAUUUGCUUUGUGAGCUCUGUGGUUGUCUGUGGUUGUGGCACAGUUUCAUCGCACUUGAACACGCUCAAUGUUUACAGUUGUAGAAAACGUAAACAACAAUCACGUCUAGGGCUCGAUUCAAUCCGCGCAGAAUAUCAGCGUUACAGCACGAUUGACAUUCAAAGGUUUCUGUGUUCGCGGAGACCGCAUUCACGGUAAACGCUACGUAUGUCGGCUCAAUUGGAAAUUACCUUUACAUUUCAACCACACGAUUCAAUCGGGCCGCUCCUUUGUUUGUUGAUGUCUGAAAGCGUAUUGUAAAAACAUUCCCCCCCUCUACAUUGUACAGUUUGUAAAUCUGCACAUAUAAAGUUGCACAAAAUGAUCUGUAUUCAACAGUAAUUGUAACGCUGUGUAAAAAUGCUCAAAUGUAACACCUUUACUAGCUGUUAGCCUACUGAAUGUAAAUAACAUGUAAAUGUACACUGUGAAGAGGAAGCCAUGUAAGAGAUUUUCAGAAAGAGAUUUCAGACAGUAUGACUGAAAAGGUGUCCAUUGUAUUGAGAGUGUCUUUGGGUGUUCUCAUGGAUACACAAAAAGCUAGUAUACCUGUUGGUGUGCAUGUAUGUUGGUUACCUCUGUCUGUAGAUAUUAUUUUGUGCAGGGUUUAAAAUGACACAGUGUGCUUCUGAGAUACACCGUUUUGCGCAGAAUCAAAUUGAUGGGUUAUAUACUACUUCUGGCAAUAUGACUAUUUGUCUGUGUAUCAAACAUUCACAUUGACUCCUGGGAAUGCCUUAGCAGUGGGCUAGACCAUAUAUACAUUAUAUAUACAAAAGUAUGUGGACACCCCUUCAAAUGAGUAGAUUCGGCUAUUUUAGCCACACCCGUUGCUGAGCACAAUAACUGUUCGUCGGGAGCUUCAUGAAAUGGGUUUCCAUGGCUGAGCAGCCGCACACAAGCCUAA